GGAAGAGGCGGGACGGGGCGGACUCGCGCUGGGAGCCCGCCCGGCCUCUGGGCCCGAGCGGACGCCGAGCGCCCGCCCACACCGGCCCCGAGACGGGGGUCGGUCCGCGGCCCGGGCCCGGCGCGUCCGGCGACCCCCUCGCCCGCCCGCCCGCCCGCCCCUCCGCCGUCGGCCGCUCUCCCAGCCGCGCCCGGGCUUGACGCCGCCCCGCCGUUGCUUCCACUUUGAAAGGCUUCAAACCCGCGUUCUGGGGCUCUUCCCACUGUCCGCUCCCCACCCUCCUCCCCGACCCCCCGCAGCUGUCCAGUAACUCCCGGGCUGACCGGCACUAAGUCUCUGCGCGAUUAAUUAUCUUUAAAUGCUUGCGCAGACUUAAAGGCACCACGAGGACGCCGCUCUGUAUUGUUUUGUAAAUAUUUCCUUAUUGCAAGGUUGCGAUUCGGAGUAUUGAAAUCGCUGAAGCAUUUGACUAUUUCUAAGCGAUUUUUAGUGGCAUUCCUUUAUCCGUGGGUAAUUACGAAGUUUUUUUCGAGUCUCAGAAUAGACUCGUAUUAGCAACAAUUUAGUAAAAAUUGCUUAAAUACGCUUAUUACGAUGGAGGUUUGAAUGUGUGUAUUUGUUUUGUUUCUAUAAUCAUAAGAUUAUAGAAGCAAAGAUUCUAAAGCCAGAAAACAGUUCAGGAGUAUAUGCCAACCCCAUCAGUUUACAGUUUUUGGUUUUUUGUCUUUUUAAAGCGAGCCAUCUGGAAGUUCUUUUGCAAGUAGAACCCACAUUUUCUGACUGUCUCGAUACGAUUAUAUGACAGAUGUAACAUUACUGACUCACUCACUGAAAUAAAGUACAUACUGUCUAUGUUAAAUGAUUCUCAGAUCCAAGUUGGUUUUUGUUGUUUUGUUUGUGUGUUUAUUUUUAAUUUGGUGCAGUAUCAGGACGGGAAAAUUAGAACUGACCUUUGAGUGCCUACUAUACCUGGCAUGUGCUAGGAACUUUCAUAUUCCUAAUCUUAUAUAAUUUUUAUCGUGCCUUGUAAGGUAAGUAAUAACCCCGUUAAAAGUAAGGAUGAUGAGUCAAUGGGAAUGAAUGAUGGCCAUUUGACCUCAAGGGUAGGAGAUUCCAACCUAGGUAUAUUGGAUUUCCAAAGGCUAUUUUUUCUGUGAUAAACUAAGGUAAACUAGAUGACUAUGUUUUCUUCAUGUUUAAUCGUUACACCAUUUGUUCUUUAUGAAAAAGGAGCCUAGAUCUAUUGAUGGUUUUAUGUAGAAGAAAUAUUUUGAUUGUUUUUUUAGCUCUGCCACUUGAAGAUGUAGAGGUAUCAAACUUCAUCUGCUAUAUUGAUUCUUAAUAUUGUAAAAGUUAAGUGAAAAAAUCUAAUUUAACAUAGUAACUGCAAUAUCUCGUAUCUGGUGACAGUAUACAUUUCUUUUGGGCCUAUAAAUGAAAUGUCUGAAUAUUUUUAUCUCAUUUUAAUCUUGAAAAUUAUGUAAUUAAUUAGAUUCCAGGUGUUCAGGUGGCAAUCAGUGAAUAGAAUCACUUUGUUUUCUACUACUUACCAAUUCAAUGAUACGAUGCUGUUAAGAACCACUCUGAAAAGUGCCAUGCAGAUUUAGAAAGAGUUUGCUACAGGCAUACCUUGGAUAUUGCAGGUUUGGUUCCAGACCACCACAAUAAAGCAAGUCAAAUGAAUUUUUUGGUUUCCCAGUGUAUAUAAAAGUUAUGUGUAUGCUAUAUUGUGGUCUCUUAUGUGUGCAAUGGCAUUAUGUCUAAAAAAUGUACAUACCCUAAUUUAAAAAUACUUGAUUGCGAAAAAGUGCUAAUUAUCAUCUGAGCUUUCAGCAGGUCCUAAUCUUUUUGCUGGUAGAGGGUCUUGCCUUGAUGUUGAUGGUUGCUGACUGAUCAGGGUGGUGGUUGCUGAAGGUUGAGUGGCUGUGGCAAUUUCUUAAAAAGAAGAUGAUGAAGUUUGCAACAUCUUGCUUUCAUUAAUGAUUUUUUUUAUAGUAUGUGAUGCUGUUGGAUAGCAUUUUGCCCACAGUAGAACUUCUUUCACAACUGGGGUCAAUACUCAGACCCUCCUGCUGCCUUACCAAGAAUAGAAAAUGUCAUAUUCUAAAUCCUUUGUUGUCAUUUCCACAAUCUUCACAGAGGCCUCACCAGCAGUAGAUUCCACCUCAAGAAACCACUUUCUUUGCUUAUGCAUAAGAAACAACUCCUCCAUCUGCUCAAGUUUGAUCAUGAGACUGCAGCAAUUCAGUCCCAUCUUCAGUCUCAACUUCUAAUUCUAGUUCUCUUGCUAUUUCCACCACAUCUGCAGUUACUGCCUCCAGUGAAGUCUUGAUUGAAUCUUCAAUUUGUAAAAAAAAAAACAACCCAGUAUCAAGGGGGACUUGGGUGGCUCUGUCGAUUGGGCGUCCGACUUUGGCUCAGGUCAUGAUGUGGCGGUUUGUGAGUUCGAGCCCCACGUCUAAUUCUGUGCUGAUCGCUCAGAGCCUGGAAACUGCUUUGGAUUCUGUGUCUCCUCCUCUCUCUGUCCCUCCCAUGUUCAUGCUCUGUCUCUGUCUCUCAAUAAUAAAAUAAACGUAAAACAACAACAACACAGUAUCUGUGAAGCACAGUAAAGCAAAGUGCAAUAAAACAAGGUAUGCCUGUACUUUUUAAAUUCCAGGAAUUAUCAGCAGCUAACGAAUGUCUAAGGCAUGAGUGGAAGGAAAGAGAGUGGGAGGCAAAAAAGAAGACCUAGCAUAUCUCGAGGAAAAGUAGAAUCCUUCCAACAAGUGUUUUAUUGAGACCCUUCUGAAAAGAAGAUAGCUGAGAGCCCUUGGAUUCUGGAGUCAAUUGAAGACAAUGAAGUAUAUUUGCCUAAUGAUGAAAUUUGGACCUAUGAUAUUGAUAGUGGGUUGUGGACCAUGCACCUCAUGGAAGGAGAACUCCCUACCUCCAUGUCAGGAAGUUGUGGUGUUUGCAUUAAUGGAAAGCUGUACGUUUUUGGAGGAUAUGAUGACAAAGGAUACAGCAAUCGAGUAAUAUUUUCUUUCAAUUCAGGAGUGCAGCAAAAUCUUUAUUUUGUUAAUUUGCGAACAAGAGAUGGAACCUACGUUUGGGAAAAAAUCACCAAUUUUGAAGGACAACCACCCACACCACGUGAUAAACUUUCUUGCUGGGUAUAUAAAGACAGAUUAAUAUAUUUUGGUGGCUAUGGGUGUAGGAGACACAGUGAACUCCAGGACUGUUUUGAUGUUCAUGAUGCAUCUUGGGAAGAACAGAUAUUCUGGGGGUGGCAUAAUGAUGUUCAUAUAUUUGAUACAAAGACACGGAGUUGGUUCCAACCAGAAAUUAAAGGUGGAGUCCCACCGCAGCCGCGAGCCGCGCACACGUGUGCAGUUCUUGGAAAUAAGGGCUAUAUCUUUGGCGGACGUGUUUUGCAAACUAGGAUGAAUGAUUUGCACUGUCUGAACUUAGAUACCUGGACUUGGUCUGGAAGGAUUCCUGUUAAUGGAGAAACCCCCAAACAUCGGUCAUGGCAUACUUUAACACCAAUAGCUGAUGAUAAACUUUUUCUAUUUGGUGGACUAAGUGCAGACAAUAUUCCAUUAAGUGAUGGUUGGAUUUAUAAUGUCAUAACAAAUUGUUGGAAACAACUUACACACUUACCUAAAACAAGACCCAGGUUAUGGCAUACAGCCUGUUUGGGGAAAGAAAAUGAAAUAAUGGUAUUUGGUGGGAGCAAAGAUGAUUUACUUUCCUUGGAUACAGGCCACUGUAAUGAUUUACUGAUUUUUCAAACACAGCCCUAUUCACUACUCAGGUCAUGCCUAGACUGCAUUGGUAAAAAUGCUAUAGUUUUAGAAAGUCAGAUAUCUUUAUUACCUCCUAAACUUCUGCAACAAGUGCUCAAAAAAAUAACAUUCUGGACUGCAGCUAAUCACCGAGAAGAACAAAGAAUCCAAAAAGAAGAAACUGAAAAUAAGUAUCAGUGGAUCAGUAGCAAUUAAGUUGUCAAUACUCUGUAUAUUUAAUAUGUGUACACAUUUUAAUCAGACUGUAUAUUUACACCCCCCCCCAAAAUUGGAGGAUUUAGAAGAUAAAAUUUGAAACAAAAAUGCUAUGUCCUGGUGAUUAUAGGCCAUGGAAUAUAUGGGAAUAAGAUGUUAAUGGAAGAUUAUAUUUUAUAUUUGUAAACUAAUUUCCUAAUUAGCUGCAGGAAGAAAUAUACUUUCUGAAAGUA